UCCGCCUCCCGCCCUGCCGUCCAUGUCACGCUUCGGCUCCUUCCUUUCGCUUCCGCCUCCUCCCUUGCCCCUUGUCCUCUUCCCGCCUCCUCCGGAAUCUGGCAGCGCACCUACUUGUCGCCCGCCCCCUCGCUCGCUUUCCCGUCCCCGCUUUCUUUAUCCUGCGGGCGGGGCGGGUGCUGUGGCGUUCUGUGGCCUUCUUGGAUCAACGAAAAAAAGAGAGAGGAAAAAAAAAACGAGCUUUCUAUCUGGCUGCGGCCGGCGGUUAGCCUGUCGCUUGCUGGCUCACUCAAGCGGUUCAUCCGCGUCUUCUUGGUGUGUGGCCAAGCGCGAUUGCGGAACUCGAGCCUCUCGUUUUGGGAGUUCCGGAUCACUUCGAGGUGCGAAGCUUUGUUGAAUUGUGACGAUUUUGAUGUAGGUGUUUCGAUUGGGCUUAGUGGCCUUAUACUGUUUAGUCGCAGGGGCUCGGGGGGAAAGGAUGAUCGCCAGUUAUCUUUGCUGGUUUUGGUAGAAUCGUGAGUCCCUUUGUUGACUGAAUUCGUAGUUUAUUUGGCAAAGAAGAAUAUAGUCGUCACAGGAAACUAAUCAGUCAGUUGGAUUGAUAUCCGUGUUUCUUCAUUCUGUCUUGUCUGAAUUGUUGAGAACAGACUGGGUUCGUUGAUUUUCUUGGCAGUUUCACAUUUAGACUAGGAUAGAGGAAAUCUGAUCAUCACAUAAGGUCAAGAUCAUGAGCUGGUUAAAUAAAAUUUUCAAGGGUUCAGUAAAUAGAGUUUCAAGGGGUCACUAUGACGGAGACUGGCAUGAAGGCCAUUCAUCUGAUUACAACAGAGAUACUUAUGGUGACAGUGAUAAUGAAGAUAUAGAUCGUGCUAUUGCAUUAUCGCUAGCAGAGGAAAAUCAAAAUAAGGGAAAGGUGGCUAUUGAUACUCACUAUAAUUUGGAUGAAGACGAACAACUUGCACGAGCACUGCAGGAGAGCCUGAAUGCCGAAUCUCCUCCUCGACAGAAUGUUCCUGUUGAGAACGUACCUCGUCGAUGGAAUGUUCCUAUUGAGGAUGUGCCUUCUCGACAGUAUGUUCCAGCAAAGGAGCCACCUCCACAUGUUUACCCAGCAAGUGGAUUCAGGACUUGUGCUGGAUGCCAUAACCCAAUUGGCCAUGGCCGUUUCCUUAGUUGUAUGGGUUCAGUUUGGCAUCCCGAGUGCUUCAGAUGUUUUGCUUGCAACAAGCCCAUAUCCGAGUAUGAGUUUGCCAUGCACGACGAUCAGCCGUACCACAGAUCCUGCUACAAAGAGUUUUUUCAUCCAAAAUGCGAUGUUUGUGACAACUUUAUUCCAACGAAUAGAGAUGGCCUCAUUGAGUACCGAGCACAUCCUUUCUGGAUGCAGAAGUACUGUCCUUCACAUGAAGAUGAUGGCACUCCUAGGUGCUGCAGUUGUGAAAGAAUGGAGCCUAGAGAGAUCAAGUAUAUAACAUUAGAUGACGGGAGGAAACUCUGCUUGGAAUGCCUCAAUUCUUCAAUAAUGGAUACUCCAGAAUGUCAACACCUUUACAUGGACAUUCAGGAAUUUUUUGAAGGUUUGAACAUGAAAGUAGAACAGCAAAUUCCAUUACUUUUGGUUGAGAGACAGGCUCUGAAUGAAGCAUUAGAAGCUGAGAAAAAUGGGCACCACCUACCCGAAACCAGAGGUCUAUGUCUUUCUGAAGAGCAAAUUGUCAGAACGAUCUUAAAAAGACCACAGAUUGGGCCAGGAAACAGAAUCCUAGAUAUGAUUACAGGACCAUACAAGCUGUCUCGGCGGUGUGAAGUGACUGCGAUCCUUAUAUUAUAUGGUCUACCAAGGUUACAAACUGGCUCCAUUCUUGCCCACGAGAUGAUGCAUGCAUAUCUUCGUCUCAAAGGUUUCCGAAAUCUUAGUAUUGAGGUUGAAGAGGGCAUCUGCCAAGUUCUGUCCCACCUGUGGCUAGAGUCAGAAAUCAUAGCUGGUUCUAGUAGCAACGUCGCAUCCAGCUCAACAGCAACGUCGUCAUCGUCAUCUUCAGCACCUACCUCCAAGAAGGGCGCGAAGACCGAAUUCGAGAAGAAGCUCGGGGCAUUCAUCAAGAACCAGAUUGAAACGGAUUCUUCCGAAGCAUAUGGAGGUGGGUUCAGAGCUGGCUACCCGGCUGUCGAGCGCUAUGGCUUGAGAAGGACCCUGGAUCAUAUUAAGCUGACAGGGUCUUUCCCCUAUUGAAGUAACUGUAACUGAAGCAAAUAAGGCGCAAGCGCAAUUCAACCUGCGAGGGUGCUGCAUAUUCUGGAAGAUUUGGUUUAAAAUAGACAUACAUAUACACACCACAGGAGAGAAAUAGGCUGUGUAAAUCAAGAGGAAAAAGAAGGAUUCACUGGAGUAAUAUAAAUUUGCAAAUGUUUUUUUCCUGGGAGACAAUACACGAGAGACUUCAGAUAAAGAGUUUCUGCAGUUAUUUCUAAUCCUUAGUCGUCCCAUUCUUAUCAAA